AUGGCCAGGUACCCAAUCAAGGGCCAAAAGGAGACUGGAGAAAAUAUGGGCCCGCAGCUGAAUGGUUCAGGGGACUGGCCUCAUGCACGAAGUACAGCAUCCUGUUGGGGCCCCCAAAUUAAACAAGACAACUUUUCAACAGAAUGGUGUAGAUAUGCACUAGCACAUUUUUAUUUUUCUAGAACUCAGGUUAUUCCUGUUCAUAAGGAGGUAAAGGUGCAGCUCUUGGGAAGUGCCUCUACAGAAAAAAGGGAAGGUGCUGGGGAUGACACCAGGUCAGCACCGAGGGAAGUUGAGUCUGCAACAACCAUUGCAGCAGCCACUGCUGCUGCCAUUGCCACAACAGCUCCACUUCUCAAGGUUCAAAAUGAUUUGGAAGCAAAAGUGAACUCAGUUUCAGAACUGCUUCAGAAACUGCAGGAGACAGACAGGCAGCUGCAACGAGCAUCUGAACAGCAAAAAAAGGUGAAGGCUCAACAUGAGGAACCCCACUACCACCAGAGAGUCAGCAAGCUUGGAAAACAGAUGAAUGCUUUCAUGGUGCAAAGGAUUCAGCACCUGGAAAAGCUACAGGAGCAACAAAUGAAUAUUCAGUCCCAUCUCAUCAGCUCUGCAGUGAACACCCGUGGGCUGCAGCUGUGUCCUGUGCCUGUCCCUGGGCCCCUGGCAGGGCACUGGGAGAAGCCAGGGCAGAGAUCACUCACUAACGAAGCACCUUCAUCUCACAGGGGUUUAUUCCCUGCCACUGCUGCACCUGCCCAAGUGUUCCCUGAAGCAUAUUCAAGCAAUUUUCCAAGUCAUGGGGUUCAUACACAAAAAUCUCCUCUAAAGACACCAAUUCCUCGAAGAUAUGCUCCAGAACCUGUACCCAAAAAUGGGAAAAUCUCAGAGAAAGAAAAUGUAGUAGAAAAAGAAAAUAUUUCCAAACCUACAAGAGAAGGUGAAGGGAAAGGUCUGGAACACGUUUUGAAUUCUCAAGAAACACCACUGAAGCAAGUAGAAUAUUCCAAGAAGGCAGCAUUAAACAGCAAUGAAAGGAGCUGGCAUUCUGAGAGACACAGACACAAAGCUUUGCCUCCAGAUGCAAUUUCUUCUUUUGAAAGCUACAGUUCAAUUGAGGAAACAGUGCAAAAAGCAGAUCAUUUACUUCCAGAUCUUGGCAAGUUGAGAAGAGAAAUGCACAACAUUCUGCAGGAAGCAACUACAUGGAAAUCUGACAUGAAUGAUCUUAUUAAGGCAAAAAAUCCUCCUGUUGCAGCUGAUCCUCCUGAACAUCAUCUAGUCAGCAAACCAUCCAUCCUUCAAAAUAUCCAAGUGCCAAGGUCUAUACUGACAGAUGCUGAAAGGAUUUUGAGAGGAGUGCAAAACAAUAAAAAAGUCCUUGAGGAGAAUCUGGAAGCUGUUAGUCAUGCAAAAGAUGGAGAUGCCAUGUAUGCUUUCAGUAACUCCUUGACUACAAACAGAGAUGUCCUGGAAGAGAUUCAUAUCCGAAGGACUGUGGAUGAGAGGAUCAAGGAAAUCAGUGAGGAAAUCCAGGCUGAAAUGGCAAGAAAUUAUUCAGAACAAGGGAAACAUGAUCAAAAAUGUACCAAGAGAGCCCAAAACCUCAGAGCUAUGAAGACCAAGAAAGAAACUAAAGAGAAAACUCAAAACAACCAAGGGUGCUUGACAAAAAAGCUUUUACCUGCAGCUAAGCCAUUGCAGAAGGAAGUAGAAGAUAACACAGGGAAACAGAAGUUUAGAACUUACUUUUCUGAAAAUGUGAAGAGCAAAGAAAGAAGGGCAGAUGGAGCUGUAGGUGGAAUUACACUGACCCAAUAUGAAGAUUAUCUGUCUCUAGUUUAUGGAAAACCAAUUUACCAAGGCCACCGGAGCACGCUUAAAAAAGGACCUUACCUGAGAUUUAACUCUCCCUCUCCCAAAUCUAAACCGCCCAGACCCAAGCUGAUAGAGACUGUUAGAGGUAAGUGAUUCUUUGAUGGGAAUAAGCUGUUCCUUCCCAGUUUUUUUUACUAGGAAUUCCUUGUGAAAAUGAAUCUGUUCAUUUUAGUUCAUCUGCUUUUCAAUAUAAAGCUUAAGCAACUGCAGUGGCUUUUCAGAGAGGUGGUCGCUGCCUCAGGUUGGUCAGGGCUUAAGAGGCAUUUGGAAAAUGCCUUUAAUUUAAUUUUUGUUCAGCCCUGAAGUGGUCAGGCAGUUGGACUAGAUGGUUGUUGUAGGUCCUGUCCAUUUGAAAUAGUUUAUUUAAGAUCCUCUUUUCAAAACUAAAAAAUACCAAAAGUUGUUCAGCUUUGCUUAAUGUGUCUCUCACUUAUUUUAGAUUGUCAAAUAAACACUUAUUUCUAAAUAUGA